AAAUUAGCGAAGAGCGACGUGCAUGUUCAUAGGAAAGAGCGCCCCACUAGCGCGGUGCCAUUCCGUUCCGCCUUACUCCACCGCUCCUGCCAGAAACAGCAACCCGAAAAUCGCUGUCAUCCGCAGCCUCGCACCAAGUAUAUGUGCCGCUUUGCAACUCCAUGACGCGGGGCCCCGGACAUCACCCCAGACGUUCUCUAUCCAUGACCCACACGAUAUCCACUUGCUUGCUAAGCAUCCUGUCUUUGCUUGCUUCUCGCGAAUCAAGGCCUUCUCGUCCACGGCAAUCCGAGGUCAGCGUACAGCAGGCGGCCAUGGCGCUGUCUGGGCGUGCGUCAACGGCAGCUCAAGUGGCUCGAGCACGGGUGACAGGUAUGGGUAAGCGAGAGAAUGAGACGACAGCGCAGCAGUCUGAAGAUGCAAUGAGUUUGGAUAUUGACGGUGAGGUGGAAGCUGUGUGUGUGUGCCGAGGGAAUGAUGGGGCUGGAUGCAGCAAGUGUAAAACACAUGGCUUCCCACAAUGAUCAUUGCAGGUGCACCUUCGGUAACGACACGACCGCAAGCGUGAAUGCGUUCAACAAAGAUCGUCAACGGCUAUACACCGAUGUGACCUUAGUUUG